AUGGAGAAAGGUGCCUCUAAUGUCGACUUGUGGACAAUGGCCCAAACCGCUAAGGAAUCACUCCGAAGUUUCAUCGGAAGAUUCAAAGAAAUCGUCACUAGCACAGCUACCCCUGAUGAUGCUGCAAUCGCGGCUCUGCGCAAUGCGCUCUGGCACGAGUCACGAUUUAGAGAAGAUCUUCUGCUUAACUAG